AUGAAAGAUAAUAUCGACAAUAAUGAAGACCCCACGUCUACUAGCAGUAGCAGUAGCAUCGCUGAAGUCGAAGACGAUUCCUUUUUUGACAACGCCGAAAAAGAUUUAAAUUCCUCUAUUUGCCAUGAGUCCAACCAUGGUGUUACUGGUGACAAAGACGAAAACUUCACUCCCUUGAAACUUUCCAGUUCUACUUCAGAAGCAAAGUUGGAUAAAAAUAAAGAUCUGGUGUUUGAUACGACAAGAAAGUUCCCAACCGACCGUGGUCAUUUUAAGGAAAACAUAACAGAUUGUGAUUUGAAAAUACUGGUUCACGCAUCACGAGUCAUGCAGACCGACAGGACCCUUCGAAAAUGA